UAUCACACAGACGGCCUCCGAGUUUCACUGGAAGACAUUAAAAGGGCCACACAAGAUUUUAAAAUACCAAUUGGAAAGGGAGGAUUUGGGACGGUAUACAGAGGAGAAAAUUUUCAUGGUAAAGAACUUACCCCAAUUGUUGCAAAGCGGAAUGAUAUGUAUUCAGAACAAGGAGAACAAGAAUUUUUAACAGAGCUUGAAAUUCUUUCUGAGUAUAAGCACAAGAAUAUUAUUUCUCUUUUAGGCUAUUGUGAUGAAGAAAAAGAAAGAAUCUCUGUUUUUGAGUAUGCCUCCAAUGGAAGUCUGGAUAGACAUGUGGACAAUGCUAGUCUUACGUGGACAGAACGAAUUAAGAUAGGCAUUGAUGUUGCGAGGGGGUUGGAUUUCCUUCACGUAGGUGGUUCAACACAAGCUUCUGUGAUACAUAGAGAUAUAAAAUCAGCCAACAUUCUACUAACCGGUAAUUGGAAGGCAAAAAUUUCAGAUUUUGGGUUGUCCAAGAUAACUGCAAUAAACAAUGAAAUGGACUUUAUGAUCGAUGAUGCUUGUGGCACUCCAGGCUACGUUGACCCACAAUAUGUCGAACAAGGUUUCUUCACGAGAAAAUCCGAUAUCUACUCACUUGGUGUGGUUUUAUUUGAGAUCAUGUGUGGAAGAACCGCCUUUUUACAUGGCCAGGAGGAUCUUGUCCAUUUGGUUAAGCGUCACUAUGAAGAUGGAAAACUUUUUGAGUUGGUGUUUAGGGAUAUAAAGAAUACGAUCGUGCCAGAAUCAUUAACUGCUUAUGUAAAUAUUGCGUAUGAAUGCUUACAUAAUGAGAGAGAGAAGCGACCGGAUGCGAGUAUGGUGGUUAUAAAACUACGUGAAGCAUUGGAAUUCCAAGUGGAUAUUGAAGUAUGGGAGGCCAAACGCCCUAAAGACUACAAAGAAAUAAUCCAGUUGUCAAAAACCCCCAAGAUCUACUCUGACGUAAGCAACAAAGUUCUCUGCGAAAUGUUCUCUAAAGGAAUUCUCCUCCAAUCGGGAAAAGCGUGCUUGUCAGUAAACGAUAACGGAGAAACAAAUGAAACGGUGUCAGCAACAAUGUUUUCAUAUGAAAACAACAGGUUACAUAAGCGGAUAUCUAUUAAAAAAUCAAGAUUUCAAAGAGUGGUGAAGAUUAUGGAUAUUUCAAAUUUAAAGACUCGAAUCAAGAUAAGAACUCAGUUUUUGUCUCCAAAUUUGAUUUAUGGGGCUCACCUUGUCUUCAAAUUUUGUGAUCCAAGAAAAUUUCCUUGUAACCUAAUGUAUGUCAACCUUAAGUACCAAAUGGGGAAUGAAACCCUGCAUUCAUAUUUUGCAACAUACGGAGACGAUGAAUGGAUGAUGAUAGAAUUAUGUCGAUUCAUACCUCACAAGAAAGAUGUUGUUUUUGAGGUUCUACUUGAGAGAUUGUCGCGAUACUAUUGUGGAAGUGGUGCAAUCUACCUUGAAGGCAUCCAUUUUCGAGUCAUCAGUGAUGCAAUUUUGAAGGUGAAACCAGAAGGAUAUGAGAAAUUAAAAGGAGUAGAAAGAGACUUGAAAUCAAACUCAAAUUCAAAUUCAGUUCAACAAAUGUCAGUUGAUUAUGAUGUAAUAACGCAACUAGAAGAUGGUGAAAAGUUGUUCUCCUUGAGCAAAGCGAACGGAAAGAAAUGGCACAUGCUUUCAGCAAAGAUGGUUUUAUACGAGUCUUCCGAUGUGAAGUGUUACAAUUGGAAAGCUCUUGAUGAAUCUGAAUCCAGAUUUCAAGAGGUGGCUGAGCUUUUAUCGCACCAAGUAUUUCGGAUCAAAUGCAAGAUCGAAACCCAAAAGUUGUCGGCAGAUACGGAUUAUGCAUGUUAUCUCGUAUUCAAGCUAUCACAAAAAUGUCAUGGUUUGCAAUGUCCGGUGAAGGUGCGAGACGUACUCCUUAGGAAAAACAAAGAGUUUAAAUUUCUUUAUUUCAGAUCUCCAAGAGCAGUAAAUUUACACAAUAUUGAAAGGGUUCCAAAGCCGAGGGAAGAUGGAUUGAUGGAAGUUAUUGUGUGGGAGUUCAACUCAGGUAACAAUGAUCAUGUUCCCAUGAGUUUGAAAUUGGGAUGUUACGAAGGAACCAUGUCCGGUCUUAUGGUAUAUGGCAUUGAAUUUCGCCCCCUAUGAUAUGAAGAAUUUACAAGAUAAAAACUUUGAUCAUGUUUUGUCCUUAACAAGUUGACGCUAACCCGCACGUUGCAGCGGGACGUCGAUUGUAAACGUUUUUAUAAUAGACGCGAAAAUUCUUGA